UCAAAAAGUAUUAAACCUUAAAGCUUAAAACCUUAAUUAAAUAAGCUCAGCUCUAGACUUGCUUCAACUUACUCAUGGUAAAACAAUCGAUUGCCAGAUAAGCAAUUAAAAUUAUAGUAUUUAGAUAAAUAAACUGCAUAAAUAACUUACGUGACUUGAAUAGGUAAAUACUUCUUUGUGACAAACGCAAAUGUUACCCUUGUAUUAUAACAUCGAUGAGUAAAGUACGACGUUACCCAUUCAAGUAUUUUAUGGAAGACCUAAGUAGUUAUAACCAUUCGGUUUUCUGCUUCGUCUUUCAGUAUACUUUAGCACAUUACUGUGACAAGUUCUGACAAUAAACGUACGCAUACUAAGUUAUUAUAAACAAUGUUAGUCCUUGUAUUGCUGUUAUUGGUAUCCGCGUUAUACUACUUACAUUUUCGACGUUCUCGAAAGCUAAUUUAUGAGUUUUCGGAAACACUUCCUACUACAGGAGAUCUCCCGUUACUGGGACACACGCACUGGUUUAUUGGAAGUCCAGAAAGAAUAUUAAAUAACGUUCGAACUUUGGUCGAGAACAUAGAUGAAAUGGGCUCUAUAAGUAAAGUUUGGAUUGGACCAACACUUUACGUCGUUACUUUAAAUCCAGAGGAUGUGCAAAAGAUUUUAGAAAAUUGUCUAGAAAAAGACUACAGUUACAAGUUUCUUCAAGCGUGGUUAGGAAACGGAUUAUUUGUUGCUCCAGUUGAUCUCUGGAAGGCUCACAGACGAUUGCUUCUUCCUAUAUUCCACAAUCGCAUUAUCGAGGACUAUAUCGAAGUCUUUGCUGAGCAGGGACAGAUCCUUGUGACACGUCUUCAUGAACAAGUGGGAAGAAAACAGUUUGAUAUUUAUGAAUACAUCACGUCUUGUAUGCUAGAUAUUGUGUUCGAGACCGCAAUGGGUGAAAAAAUGGAUGUCCAACACAACCCAGACACUCCUUACUUGCGCGCGCGUAAAACUGUCAUGUCGAUCAUAAAUAUGAGAUUAUUCAAAGCAUGGAUGCAACCUGACGCUUUAUUCAGCUUGACGACACAUGCUGGCAUACAAAAAGAGAAUAUUGAAGCAACACAUAAAUUUACAGACGAGGUAAUAAGGAAAAAAAUUGCUGCAUUUGAACAAUCGAGUCACAAAGAAGGUCGAAAAGAUAUUUUACAAUUACUCCUGGAAAGAAAGUUAGAAUUCAGUAAUGUAGAGUUGCGAGAGCAUAUAGACUCAAUUACAAUAGCCGGUAAUGACACAACAGCUCUCGUUAUAUCUUACGCGUUGUUGUUAUUGGGGAGUCAUCAAGACGUUCAAGACAAAGUUUGUGAAGAAAUAAAAGUCAUAUUUGGGAGCUCACUGAGAUCACCUACAAAAGAAGAUUUAUCAAAAAUGGACUACUUGGAGAGGGUUAUUAAGGAAACUAUGAGGCUCUAUACAGUAGUGCCAAUAAUAGGCCGGAAAACACAAAAAGAACUUAAGCUUUCUACUUGCUCAAUACCUGCUGGCGUAGGAUGUGCAGUUGUGCCCAUGGUUAUGCACCGGUCAAAGAAAAUCUGGGGUCCUGAUGCUAACAACUUUAAUCCGGACCGGUUCCUUCCAGAAAACUGCGCAACCAGACACCCUUGCGCUUUUAUACCCUUUAGUUACGGAAUGAGAAAUUGCAUAGGACGGCAUUUCGGAAUGCUAGCUAUCAAAAGUAUUCUGGCAAAUAUAGUAAGAAGUUACAAAAUUUCCUCAGAAAUAUGUGAUCGUCUUAAAAUUGAAAUACUCCUAUUUCCUGUGACUGGACACUUAAUACGCAUAGAAAAGAGAGUAUAAAUAUAUACAGACGGGAUUGUUUUUGAUAUUAUACCCUAAUUUAAUAAUGUUACAUGUUUCAAUACCAAAGUUAAAGCAAUACAUUGUGUUUAUUUAUUAAAGUAUGUAGGAUUUCUAUAUUCAUGUAUUUCAUUACUACCUAACUACCAUUAACAACACAUUUUUUUUUAUACGACUUAAACUGGAAAUUUCUAAAAAAACCUAUUUAAUACCUUUUC